AUGUUAUUUGAUUGCCAUUUGAAUGUAGAAGUGUGCUCAUCUAUUAAGGCUGUGAAGUAUCUGUACAAGUAUGUUUAUAAGGGCCAUGAUAGGGUUUCUUUCAAUGUGGUUGGUAUAGAAAAAAAUUCUGAAGAUGAAAUAGAGAGGUUUCAGUCUGGACGAUGGGUGUCACCAUGUGAGGCAGUUUGGCGAAUUUUUUCCUUUGAUCUCUUUGAGAUGUACCCACCUGUGCAACAAUUGGCAGUGCAUCUGGAAAACAUGCAAACUGUUCAGUUACGUGCUCAUGAACAGUUAGAUUCUGCCAUGCUAAAUGAGCGUAGAUCCAAAACUCAAUUGUCAGAAUUUUUUAAGGCAAAUGCAGCCUCACCUCAAGGUACAGGAUACCUUUACAUCGAAUUUAUAGAGCACAACAGAUGGGAUGCCGGUAAGAAAAGAUGGUUUCAACGGAAAAACAAGAAACUUGUGGUUGGUCGGCUGGCAAGUGUGACACCAGCAGAAGGAGAGCAAUUUUUCUUACGGUUGUUGCUUGUUAAUGUACGCAGCCCUAAGUCAUUCACUGACCUUCGGAUUGUUAAUGGAUUACUUUGCACCACUUUUCAAGAAGCAACUAGUAAAAGAGGCUUAUGUGAAGAAGACAAUGUUGUUCAUGCAUGCUUGGCUGAAGCAGCAGAAAUACACUUGCCAGGAGCCUUACGGCGCUUAUUUGCAGCUGUUUGUGUGUUCUGCAACCCCACUAACCCAAAUAGACUGUGGCAGCGAUUCUACAAUGACCUAUCUGAUGAUUACAGGCAUGCUGAUCCUGGGAGCGAAUUCCGUGUUAAGUUGCUGACUAUACAGUCAAUUGAACGACAUUUAGAGUCUAUGGGAAAAUCAUUAGCUCAUUUCCAUCUUGAUCACUUACAUGAAGAGCUGCCAGAAGAGCUGAACAGAACAAAAGACAUCAUUGAUGCCUUAGUUAGAUGCACCUAUUCCUCAAGAGUGAUUAUUUCUCAAGUCCAAUCAGGAAAGCUUGGCUGUUUCUUUGUUGAUGGUCCUGGAGGAACUGGCAAAACAUUCUUAUACAAUGCGUUAUACGCAGAGGUUUGCAUGUCAGGAAAGAUUGUUCUGCCAACAGCUACAUCAGGGAUUGCUGCAGAAAACAUCCCUUCUGGAAGAACAGCGCACUCAAGAUUUAAGAUUCCCCUGGAUUCAGAGACAUCUCUUGCCUGUGAUGUUCCCAAAAAAGGCAGCCUAGCUGCUUUAAUCAGAGAAACAGCUCUUAUUAUUUGGGAUGAAACUUCAAUGGCUAAAAAAGAAAACAUUGAAUCAGUUGAGCUUUUGCUUCGUGACCUUUGUGACGCAGAACAACGAUUUGGUGGAAAGAUUGUAGUUUUUGGGGGAGAUUUUAGGCAGGUUUUUCCAGUUGUUCCUCGCAAAACUCAAAGAGAAGUUGUUGCAGCAAGCCUGGUAAACUCACAUAUUUGGCCUUGGCUAGAGAAGCUACACCUAACUGAAAACAUCAGAGCAAGAGAAGAUCCCCCAUAUGCUUCAUUUCUGCUGAGUUUGGGCAAUGGCCAGCUACAAUCUAAUGGAAAUUCUUAUGUUCAGGUUCCUCCUCACAUUGUGAGUUAUUAUCAUGAGAGUGAUGAUCCUAUCAAUCACCUAGCUGCUACUGCAUUUCCAGAAUUAGAACAUGCAUUAUUUUCACCAGAUAUAUUCACAGAGAGAGCCAUUCUUACACCAUUGAAUGAUGCAGUUGAUGCUAUUAACACUGUUCUCAUAGAAAAAUUUCCAGGAAACUCUGUAAUUUACAAGAGCUUUGAUAGCAUGCUAGAUGACAAUUGUGCCAUUUACCCUACAGAGUUCCUAAACCAGCUAGCCCCUGGUGGUAUGACUCCGCAUGAACUUGUUCUUAAAAUAAACAGUCCUGUAAUAUUGCUCAGAAACAUUGAUCCAGCAGAUGGGCUUUGCAAUGGAACACGUCUUAUAUGCAAGUCUUUCAGAAGGAAUGUAAUUGUUUGUUCUAUAGCCACUGGUCAUCGUCGAGGAGAGCUUGUAUUCAUUCAUCGUGUUAAUCUCCGACCUUCAUCAUCAACAAAAUAUCCUAUUCAGUUUGAGCGAAUUCAAUUCCCUCUGAAACUCAGCUUUGCAAUGACUGUAAACAAAUCUCAAGGCCAGACACUAAGCGAAGUGAUAGUUUACCUCCCACAACCAUGCUUUUCCCAUGGACAACUAUAUGUUUCCUUGUCAAGGGCAAAGAAGUCAGCUAAAGUGACUGUGAUCACACCAUACCCAAAUGAACAACACACUUCACCGGUCCUGAAAAACGUUGUAGCGUAUGAUGUGCUUUUGCUUCUAUAUAUCUAUAAUGUAAUUGAGCCUAAGGUUAAGCUUUCUAAAUUCUCCUGUAUUGCAGCAAAACAUCAUUCAUUCUAUUACCCACAGUACAAAUUUCAGCAUUUACUUUUCCCACACACAUCUUAUUGA